CCAUGCUGUAUGCUGUAUCAGGCCACCGCGACAGGGAUAUUAUAAGGACAUUCUUGCUAUGAAACAAGAUUAAUCUAGGCCUAUCGACAGACAUGAGAAGUUAGACCUGACAUGCUGAGUCUGGAUGCCAGUGUUUACAGCUUGAGAUGUAAGCAUGGGAAUGGCACUGUUGGUGGGGUUCAGCUGCAGCCUUAUUGGCUGGAUCUGUGUGUAUGUCUUCAUUUGCUACGUUAACACUCAACGGGGCUACGAAUGGAACUGCAGACUUGUUACUCUUUUCCAUGGCAUCCUCAUAGUUUUACUGACCGCUUACAUUGCCUUCAUUGAUGGGCCUUGGCCCUUCACACAUGUAGGUGAAGAGAAUACGCCCCUGCAGGUCUUGGCCGUGCUUAUCAGUCUGGGUUACUUCAUUUUUGACAUGGGCUGGUGCAUGUACUUCCGAACAGAGGGCCCUGUGAUGCUUGCCCAUCACAUUCUGAGCGUCCUGGGUAUGCUGCUGACCCUGGGUCUCGGGGAGUCCGGCACAGAGAGCUGUGCCGUAAUCUUUGGGAGUGAGAUCACCAAUCCCCUCCUGCAGACGAGGUGGUUCCUGAAGCGUGCUGGCCAGUAUGACAGCCUGGCAGGAGAUGCCGUUGACCUCUUGUUCAUUUUACUCUUUGGCCUAGUGCGCAUUGGCGUCGGCAGCAUCCUCCUCGUCGCAGUGAUUACGUCCGCCCGAACUAAGUUGGUUAUAAAGGCAGGAGGGGUGGCCAUCUACACACUGUCCUGGAUCUUCAUGGUGGACAUCACCCGCUUUGCCUUCCGAAAAAGUUGCGGUAAAUACAGACGCUGGCAGGAGCGCUGCAUACAGAACAGUGUAAAUGGAAAGGCUCAUCAGAAUUAGCUCCGACCUUAAAAUGGCCAUCCAAUCACACCUAAGUGGCUCCCUAAUGAAAUGAAUGACAGAGUGCUGAUAUUCAUUGAAAUGGAAAAAGACGACUGAUAUCACCAACUAGCUAACAUGGAAUUCCUCUCAUUUCUCAGGCAAUUGUUAUAGUAAAUAUGUGAGUGACCAUUGGACACUGUGUUAGUAGGCUGUCAAUGUCUACUGAGUAUUCAGCUGACCUACAACUGUGACAUAAUAUUUUUGCCUACUAUAUAGUAGGCCUAAACUAGUAUGGGUAUUCAGAUGCAGCCAUAGCUUAUUUAAUCAGACAUCUCUGAAGUUGUAUUUAUUACUGUUGUAUGAUUUCAACAAUGAUUGUCAAGUGCUUUAUACACACUGGAGGUAGGCUCAGUGGUGUAGUCUACAUGAUACGCAGGACUACGCAGUAUACCCACUUAAAAAGCAUCACCAUCUCACUAUACCCACUUAAAAUAGGCAAGGAUAUGUAUUAACAUUUGGGGUUGAUUACAGUAGGCCUACACCCACUACAGCUAACUACUACAUCACAGUAUAUCCACUACAGCUAACUACUACAUCACAGUAUAUCCACUAGAGCUAAUGGAAUACAGAGUAUACAGAGCUAAUACAGAGUAUGGAUGGAAUCAGUAUGGAAGACAAUGUGUAAAUGAGUGUUUUUUCUAAGGGGCCGUUUAUACGAGAACGAUUGCGAAGGAAGAGGACAAAAUAUUUGAUCAUAAGUGCCUUUCGUUUACACGGCGACCCCGCCAUCGGGGCUUGAAGACGCAAAAAUCUGAA